AACCGAGAAAGAAGCAGAGUCGGCGAGAUCGAUCAAUGGCGGCGCUCCGGCACGCGGCGAGGAGGCUCGGCGUUGGUGCGCUCCAGCGAGCGCCAAGGGUUUCUCCUGUCCGCCGGCCCAUGUCUAACACCUCCGUCGGCGGCAAGCCACAAACUACUGCAGGGCCUUGCGAUGAGCUGCGAAUGGAAUUCGAGGAAGCGAAAGAAGAGCUCUUUGAUUUGUGCAUGGAGAUGAGAAGUAGAGGAGCCUUCAAAACUAUGUCCUGGGAAGACAUCCAGAAUUUAAGGCUAACCUCCCAUCUUGCUGCACAAGUGAAGCCUAAACCUGAUGACGCCAUGUGGCGGAGAUACAAGCGACAUCGGACCAUCCACGAUUUCCAAAGCGCAUACUUCUGUCUGGGAUUUAUAGGUUACUCUUUCCUCACAUCCAACAAGAAUGAAGAUGGAGGGCAGAGUGAGGCCAGUAUAUCGUCUCUUGACAUGGAGCCAGCCAGCGAACGACUGAACUAGCUUUUAAAUGCAGUAUUAGAAUCUAAGAAACUCUCAUGUAGUCAUUACUAUGAUGUUUGGAUAUUUGCUACUGGUUUAAGUGUAUCA